UUGCGCGUCCUCUCGGGUUUUCAAGAAAUGGAGGCUGAAGAUGCAGAUUAUUGGCUCCGACACGAUUACAUCACUUAAUUGCUGGCAAGAAUAACAGAAUGUUUUAAUUAAUCUUAAUGUUUCCAUUAAAGGAACAUACUACAAUUAAUACAGGUUAUAUUUUAUCUGCUCCCUCCUCGCCUCCCGUUAUCUUUACGUGUAAAGGAACUAUCUGCUCAUCCAAAGCGGGUUCUUCUGGACUUUUUGCUUGCUUACAAGAAGCAGUUUUGCUGCGGCUUCACCUUUAUUUUUUGGAAAACUGAUUUUUUUUUAGGAAUGAGAUCUGGAACAGCGAGGGAUGUUUGGACCUUAUUUUGGGGUCCUGUGCUGUUUCUUUCCACCAUCUGUCUGUGGUCUGCGCAUGGGGAAGUUUGUGGCCCUCACAUUGAUAUCCGCAAUGACAUCAGUGAGUUCAAGAAGCUGGAGAACUGCACGGUGGUGGAAGGCUACCUUCAGAUCCUCCUCAUUGGAGACAAGAACAACAACCUCAACCAGGAGCACUUUCGCACCCUGUCCUUCCCCAAGUUGACCAUGGUCACCGACUACCUUCUCCUGUUUCGAGUCUCUGGCCUGGAUAGCUUAAGCACGCUCUUCCCCAACCUCAAUGUCAUCCAAGGACGCAACCUGUUCUACAACUACGCCCUGGUCAUCUUUGAAAUGACCAGCCUGAAAGAUAUCGGCCUCUACAACUUGAGGAACAUCACCAGAGGCGCUAUCCGAAUCGAAAAGAACCCGGAGCUGUGCUACUUGGAGUCAGUGGACUGGUCACUUAUUAUGAAUGCAGAGUUUAACAAUUACAUCGCUGGGAACAAGCCAGCCAAAGAAUGCGGUGAUGUUUGUCCAGGUAUCAUGGAUGAUAGAACACAGUGCAUUAGGACCAGCUUCAAUGACAACUACAGCCACCGCUGCUGGACCUCGAACCACUGCCAGAAUGUGUGUCCAAAGAAGUGCGAGAAAAGGGCGUGCACAAAUAAGUCUCACCCCAAGUGCUGUCACCCCCAGUGUCUGGGCAGCUGCACUGAACCAGACAAUGAUAAGGCAUGUGCCGCCUGCCAGCAUUACUUUCACGAGGACCGCUGCGUUGAGGCCUGCCCGCCGGGCACGUUCAAGUUUGAAGGUUGGCGCUGCAUCACCAUGGACAUGUGUGCCCGUGUUCACCUACCUAGUGAGGUCGACUUUGUCAUCCACAAUGGGGAGUGUAUGCCGGACUGCCCACCCGGAUUCACCCGAAAUGACACUCAGAGUAUGUUUUGUAGCGCAUGUGACGGACUGUGCGAUAAAGUCUGCGAAUCUAAAACAAUUGACUCGGUGGAUGCUGCUCAGUCCCUACAGGGCUGCACAGUCAUCAAAGGAAACCUGCAAAUCAACAUCCGGCGGGGCACUAACAUUGCAUCAGAGCUGGAGAGUUUCAUGGGCCUGAUCCAGACAGUGACUGGAUAUGUAAAGAUCAAACACUCUCACACUCUGGGCUCGCUGUCCUUCCUCAAGAGCCUGCGAUACAUUCAUGGAGAAGAGCUCAUGGAGCAGUUGUAUGCAUUCUCUGCAGUGGACAACCAGAACUUGCAGUAUCUGUGGGACUGGAGUCAGCACAAUCUGACCAUUAGAGAUGGAAAAUUGUUCUUCCGUUUCAAUCCCAAGCUUUGUAUGUCUGAGAUCCAGAAAAUGUGGGAGAAGACUGGUGUUGAGGAAAAGAUGGAAGAGGACGAUGCUCGUAGCAAUGGAGAACGAGCAAGUUGUGAGAGUUAUAUUCUAAAGUUCAAAUCCAACCACACUCAGAGUACUCGGAUAAAGCUCACUUGGGAGCGAUAUCGACCGCCUGACUACAGAGACCUCAUCAGCUUCAUCGUGUAUUACAAGGAGGCACCAUUCCAGAACAUCACAGAAUUCGAUGGACAAGAUGGAUGUGGCUCUAAUAGCUGGAACAUGGUGGAUGUAGACCUUCCUCAGGACAAAUUGGCAGACCCAGGGGUAUUGCUGUCCCCACUUAAACCCUGGACACAAUAUGCCAUCUUUGUGAAAGCUGUCACCCUUGUUGUAGAGGACAAACACAUUCUGGGGGCUAAGAGUGAGGUGGUCUAUAUCCGCACUAAUGCAUCAGCGCCGUCAAUGCCCCUCGAUGCCCGCGCAUAUGCCAACUCCUCUUCAUCCCUGAUGGUGAAGUGGUCUCCUCCCAUAUCUCCCAAUGGGAACAAAACCCUCUACUUGCUCCGUUGGCAGCAGCAGGCAGAAGACCGUGAACUUUACCAGCAUAACUACUGCUCUAAAGAGCUAAAAAUUCCCAUCCGCAUCUCAGCCACGGCUUUGUCGGACAUGGAGGGCGAAACAAAGCCAACCAAAUCAGAUGUUGGCGGGGGUGAGAAGGGCUGCUGCCCAUGCCCAAAAACCAAGGAGGCCCUAAAGGCGGAAGCUGAAGACCGAUCUUACCGAAAAGUCUUUGAGAACUUCCUGCACAACUCCAUCUUUACACCCAGACCUCCUGACAGGAAGCGGCGAGACCUGUUUGGAGUGGCCAAUGGCACACUGCUGCAGAGUGCAAGCAGGAACAGCACAGGAGCGGAGAGUAACAUCACUGACCCCAAGCUGCAUGAGAAAGAGUACCCUUUCUCCGAGGACAGAGUCUAUACAGAGUUCAUGGAGGUAUCCAACCUGCAGCCCUUCACAGUGUACCGCAUCGACAUCCACGCGUGUAACCACGAGAUCCACCGCUGCAGUGCCGCAGCUUUUGUGUUCUCCAGAACCAAACCAGCAGACAAAGCGGAUGAUAUUCCCGGGACUGUAACUCAGGAGAGGGAUGAGAGGGGAGAAGGAACAGUGCUGCUGCGGUGGCCUGAACCUCAUCACCCUAACGGACUGAUCCUCAUGUAUGAGAUCAAAUAUCGCCUGGGAACUGAGCCCGAGAAGCAUGAGUGUGUAUCACGGCAGCAGUACAGAGUGCUGCGAGGAGCACAGCUUAGCAAUUUGCCCUCUGGAAAUUAUUCUGCCCGGGUCAGAGCCACAUCUUUGGCUGGGAAUGGGUCUUGGACUGAACCAGUGUCCUUCUAUGUGCCACCCCCUAAAAGAAAUUAUGAUAAUGCCUUCAUGCUGGCCAUCAUCAUUCCUGUAAUAGUGCUACUGUUGCUCACUGCAUUGAUCUCCGCUGUCGUCUUUGUCACCAAAAAGAGGAAUAAUGACAGGUUAGGAAAUGGUGUGCUAUAUGCUUCGGUAAACCCCGAAUACUUCAGUCCUUUUGAAAUGUAUGUGCCAGAUGAAUGGGAAGUGGCUCGGGAGAAAAUCACUAUGUGUCGUGAGCUGGGUCAGGGCUCCUUUGGUAUGGUGUACGAGGGCAUCGCAAAGGGCGUCGUCAAAGAUGAACCGGAGACCAGAGUGGCCAUCAAGACCGUAAAUGAAUCCGCCAGUAUGCGUGAACGCAUCGAGUUCUUGAACGAAGCUUCAGUUAUGAAGGAGUUCAACUGUCACCAUGUGGUGCGACUUUUGGGUGUGGUUUCACAAGGCCAGCCCACUCUAGUUAUCAUGGAGCUGAUGACACGGGGCGAUCUGAAGAGCUACUUGCGUUCUCUCCGUUCCAAAGAGCAGGGCUCUAGCAGCCAGUCUUUGCCUCCGCUGAAGAAGAUGAUUCAGAUGGCCGGUGAGAUAGCGGACGGGAUGGCAUACCUCAAUGCCAACAAGUUUGUCCAUCGGGACCUGGCUGCCAGAAACUGCAUGGUUGCUGAGGACUUCACAGUUAAAAUCGGAGACUUUGGCAUGACAAGAGACAUCUACGAGACUGAUUACUAUCGUAAAGGAGGCAAAGGGCUGCUGCCAGUGCGCUGGAUGUCACCAGAGUCUUUGAAAGAUGGAGUGUUCACAACAAAUUCUGAUGUCUGGUCGUUCGGCGUGGUUUUAUGGGAGAUUGCCACUUUAGCAGAGCAGCCAUACCAGGGCAUGUCCAACGAGCAGGUACUGCGGUUCGUCAUGGAGGGAGGACUUCUGGAUAAACCGGACAACUGUCCCGACAUGCUGUUUGAAUUGAUGCGGAUGUGCUGGCAGUACAACCCUAAGAUGCGACCGUCUUUUCUAGAGAUCAUCAACAGCUUAAAAGAAGAACUGGAGCCGCCUUUCCGGGAGGUUAGCUUUUUCUACAGUGAGGAGAACAAGCCACCCGACACUGAGGAACUGGACAUGGAGGUGGAGAACAUGGAGAACGUUCCACUGGAACCUGCUUCUAUGUUGGCCCCCUCCUCUCAGGGGAGCACAGGGGCUCAGACCCAUAGUCCACAGCCACUCUCCCCAGCUCAGGGGCCAGGGACGCCGAUGGGGUCUGCCCCGACCCCCUCCACCUCACCGCCCUCCUCAGCCUCUCCGGGCCUGGUCUUAGACAAGCACACAGGACAGGUAGCAGCAAACGGGCCAGUGGUGUUGCUGGGGCCGUCGUUCGACGAGACGCAGCCCUACGCGCACAUGAACGGAGGGAGGAAGAACGAGCGAGCGCUGCCACUGCCUCAAUCAUCGGCCUGCUGAUCAUGCCUGCUCAGUCUCCCUCUACCCCUCACACAGGGUACCCACAAUUCCCUCGCACUUUUGUGUCUCUAUGUGGUAUUUUUCUUUCGUUCUCGAGGAGUCAAACCCCAGGGCUGACCUUGGAGGCGAUAACCAGUUGGACUGUGUCCUAUCUGGAUGUCUGAGGAUCGUUUUGUUGUAUGACGGAGGAUGUUUAGUGUGCCUGGUGACUACAAGCCUACAAAAACUCUUGCAAUACUUAAGAUUUCAGAACAAACCACCACACUAGAGAGCCCUGGCUUUCACUUGUGUGAAAAAACAACUUGUUUUAAUGUUUCUAAAGGAAGAAGACCUGCCAGUUCAUUGUGAAACAAGAGAGACAAGCAUAUUAGCCAGCAAGCCCAGCCCGGGAACACUUUCGGGGUGCAUACGAGUGUGUUUUUAGACAAAACAAAAUACACAUUCCCCUCCUCAGCGCAAGUACUUUUCUUCAACUAAAACUGUCUUUGUCAUCACAUUUCUUUUUCAAGAUGCGGCAGAAACUUUCUUCGCUGCGACUGCUUGUUUUCAAUCAGUGAUUGGUCACAUUCGUGGUUGAUCCACCCUUCUACUUAAACCAUCUCGAGUGUGUUUGUGAGAGAGUGAAAUGGGAUUUUUUGAAACUGCCAAAUUUUUGCCAAAUCAAAUGUUCUUUUUUAUAAAAAAAAAAAAAAAAAGUUAUUUAUCAUUACCUGACCCCCUAUUCACAGCAGAUUUUUUCGAGGUCGCACUUUAAAGUAGCGCAAUCUAGAGACUAAACUAUGGGGGAUUUCUGGACCUCAUCUUUUAUAAUCAGCUUGAGUUUGUAAAUCUUUCCCCUUUCCUCCUUUUAUAUGGCUCUCAUCUCCAACUAUUGCAUGGCAGUUCCUGCUGCACCCACCAUCUGUGAGCUGAGCCUCUGUGAGAGCGAUCUCUCCAGUCGAAAGAAAAGAUUGCAGUGCUGAUCACGAGAUCGGUGCGCUGCAGAGAGGUGAUAUGAAUUAUAAGGGAUUGGCUCGAUCAUGAAGCAAACUGGAAAACAGGGGCUUCAUUUGUUUCAACAUCUGUUUUGAGAGAUGAGCGAGGCAUUGUACACAGCAGGUAUUUUUUGGGAUUAGUCAUGAGUCUCUCUGUACAAUUCCUGCGACUCUAAGGGUCUUACAGUUCUAUGUUAGACCACAAGAUCAUUUACAAACAAAUCAUUGGUUUAAGUCACUUUUGAUAACUUUUUUACGGUUUUGAUGUUCACCUCUGUGUCUGUACAUAAAGAAGCUGCUAUUUUUUUUUCUUUUGUGGGUGUUUUUUAUAUAUACAUAUAUUUUUAUAUAUAUAAAUAUAUAUGUAUAUAUAAAAAAAAAAAACAUAUAUGUAUAUAUAAGAAAUUCUUCAGGUUUAAUAUUUUAUGAUAUCUCCACUACAGUCCAUUUUCUUAUGCUUUAUACUCUUCUUGCAAAAAAAGAAAAAAAAGUACAAAAAAGAGAGUAGCAAUUUAUUUUUAUUUUCUCCCUAAGGGGUUGUCUUCAUUGCUACAUGUCCAUUGCCUUGUGUUUUUUAACUCAUUAUUAUUAUUAUUAUUAUUAUUAUUAUUAGUUAAAAGAAACUCUAGCUCUGCAUGUGAUCUUUAGGCACCCUUGAUACAGUUGUCUAGCAUUGCUCACGAGGUGCAGCUCAAUCUCAGGUUAAUGUUAUGGUUUGGUUUUUUCAGUCAUUCUCAUCAUAGCUGAUUCCACCUCAGCUUUUUAGGUUGCCGGUCUCUGCUUACAGUGUAGUAAGCCAUUUAGUAUGUCAGUGUCCGUGCUCAUGUCUCCUGCCAGGCGUCAUCAAAGAAGGUUUCAUUUACAUUUCUUUACCCUCCUAGACUAUUUUUGUAACCCAUCCAUGUAACUGAAUAGUAUCUUCCACGGCUUAAUUUGUCUCGCAUGCCCCAACCAGCCUGUAAUACCUCCAAACAAAAUACAUUCAUAAUCUCUGCUUUGGCGUCACGCGCAACCCACGUCUACUUUAUAAAUCCAUACAAUGUGCACUAACCUUCCUGAUGAAAUUCGCCAUCUGUAACCAAAUAAGAACGGGUUCAAAUUCAGAAAAGUGAUCGGUUUACUCAAAGAAUGUGAAAUAGAACAGUAGGGUUCCCUGGCUAGUUUUAAUUUGAAGGAUUUCUCCAUGUGCAUUCGGGAACGUUACCCAGAACUUAUUUAUCCUGUCUUACAAGGUUAUUUUGUUUGGGGGGGGGGGGGGUAUAUUUUGGGUUCUGUUAUUACAGAAAUCACUGUACAAAUGCUCUUGUGAUUUAGUAUAAAGUCUGAAUUCGAGAUGCAUUUUGCAUGAUGUCAUGACUGGGGGACUUUCUUAUUUCAUUUCCUUCAGCAUCUAUCUACCUCAUUCUCUUUUAUUUUUAAUGUGUCAGUGAUGAAAUGAUAAAGUAAAUCACACUUUUUUUUCCUGUAGAGGACACUUUAUCAUCCUCUGUCUUGUCUCUGAUUUAAAAGAACAAAAACAAAAGAUCUUUAAGCACCACAGAGCCCAAUCUUCCAGGAAUGGAGAGAGGAAGUCAUGGUGUGAGCUAACAUGCCUAUGGGAUUCCUAAUGGUGUGUCUCUUGCAUCCCUUAUCACAUGCCCAGCAACACAAAAAUCCCACAGCUUUCAAUCAUGCUGCAAAACUUUUUGAAUAAUAAUAUUAAAAAUACCUAAUUCACCAGAUGGUUUAAUCACGAUGGACCAUAGAGAAACAUAGUUUCUAUCAGUGUAUUCUUUUUUUAUUUAAUAUUCUUCUUCAGUGAUAUCCUCUUAUCCACCAUAUAAAUCAAAUAAACUGUUCAUAAAGGUUUAGGAAAGCAUAUCUUAAGUAAAGGGGACAUAUGCUAGCAAAUAAAUUAUCCUCACAUCGAGUUACUUGCUAUGCAAGUUAAACUUCAAUGGUAAUUUUCAAUCAUCUUUUGAAAAAUAAAAACAGUUGCAGUAAGAAAAGUGUCACGUGAAGUAUAAUUCAUGCAAUUAACAUCACACUGUUAUUAUAAAGUACAGUUGAGGCAUAGAGGAUGGGAUAUAGAACAAGAAAAACUGUUCAGGAUAUUGUUUCCAUUAAAUUCCAUUAGCUUACAUGAUCUUGUUCAGUAAGAAUUCAUCUGCAGAAUUGACAGAUCAUGGCACUGGACAUCCUGUUUCCCAGCAUGCCCUUCUCAGACACACUGUGCUUUUGCACAAAAAUGUUGUUCUUUUACUUUUUUCAAUAGCCUAUAAUUGAAGGCGACAUUAAUGCACACUGAUAACUACACCUAGUUUAUAAAUAACCAUUUUUAAUACAAUGGAAUCAUCCUUCUCUUUUUCUUCAGUCUGCUUUAAUACCGUUCGGUCGAAGCAUCUAACAAUUUCAUAACACUAUCUUACAACAAACCAGUGGAUUUUUUACUUUCUCAUAAACCUACCUGGAAAAACAUUCCAGCCGAUGUGUUUGCCCAGAUGCACUCCACAUAUCUAGUGAGUACCAUGUAUAAAGGGCCAAUUGUUGUCACCGUAUUCAUCAACAUCAUUCUCCAUAGAGAGAAAGGGCUGUCGUUUUGCCUCUCUUUUCUACUGCUGCUGACAACAUGCUGCUUAACGGAGACUACAAAUAGUCUUGCCAAUAGCAUUGGGUAGGUGGAGGAUCUAACCAACAUUAUUUCUUUCUCCAAACAACUGCUGAAAACAGAUGGGUCAGACGAUUAAAAUGCAAAGUGGAUUCGGAGAAAGUCACGGUCUUACAGCCCCUGGUCAUUCUGUUUCAUGGCACUUAAAAUGGUUUUUAUCUUUAAUAUUUUGGAUCUUCUGAACUCCAGGGGUUGGAAAUGAGGGCACUUAGUAGGAAGAGACCUGGUCGGGAUGUUGAGAGGCGCAUUGUUAGUAAAGAAUAUUAUUCUCUGUGGUACAAAGAUGAUCAAAACAACCAUUCUAUAAAAGCCCUUGUGCUUGUAUUGUUGCUUAUGUAUAUGGGUGGGAUUGUAUCACAUGUAGAUGUAGUGAUUAAGAUUUUGAUGUGUUUAUAAUGGGAAAAUGAUAGAUAUCACUAUUUAUUUCUGUUUCUUUUUUUCUUUCUGUAAUGAAUAUGGACAAAAGCAUUGGCUUGUUGCAAAGUGAAUGUCAGUUUUCAUUGAAUGCUGCCAAGGUUACUUUAGUUACCAGUAGAUUACAGAUCUACAGAAACACACAUAUACACAGACACAAAUAGGACAGCGAUGUCCAGUAGAUUACGGGUAGUCAUGACACAGAGAGAGAACAUGACUAGAAUUUAAAAUUAAAACGAGACUAGUUUACAGUAGAAAUAGCUUAUGUUGCAAAUGCAAGUUCUCUGCAAACCUGAAGGUAGAUUGACUGAACAUGUUUUUUUUCCCUCAACUAUCAUAAGAACUAUUAUUAUUUUAUUAUAUUUCUUCAUAAUGCUAAACCUCAGGUUUAGAAAAGAUGCAUGUAUGCAUUUUAAUUGCAAUAAUGAGCUUGAGGUUUCACAGACAUCAUUUCCCAGGCACUGUUGUUUUUGCUUGGCAUUCCCACAAAUUUCAAAAGGGGCCUUGAUCUACUGUACUGAAAAGAGUUAAAUAACACUUCUUAUUUUCCUUUCACAAAGAAAAAAGGAGGAAAAAUAGAAAUCUCUGUGUCGUUGCAUUGAUUGGUAGAAACUGAUGGUGAAACAGCUUGGUUGGUACUCUCGUCUUCUUGUAAGUUAUGUAUCUAAGGCCUCCUGUUUUUCAGUUUUCUUCUCACCUUCAGUUGAGACGGUAGACUUUUUACAUGCCAUUGGCUUAAUGUAUAUCUGAAGAGUUUUCAUGUAUUUUCUUUUUUUCUUAAAUUUUGAAUUAAAAAAAGAAUGAGUCUGAA